AUGGAAAAUUCAAGAAAAGCUCUGGUAAAGCCAUGGAAGAAAGGCCCCGCACGAGGCAAAGGUGGGCCUCAGAACGCCACAUGCGAGUAUCGAGGAGUUCGACAAAGAACUUGGGGCAAAUGGGUGGCAGAAAUCAGAGAGCCCAAGAAGCGAACCAGACUUUGGUUGGGUUCUUUUGCCACUGCCGAAGAAGCAGCUAUGGCUUACGAUGAAGCUGCAAGGAGGUUAUAUGGGCCAGACGCUUACCUCAACCUACCCCACCUUCGCUCUAAUUUCAAUCCUCUAAACAAAUCUCAGAAAUUCAAAUGGUUUCCCACCAAAAACUUCAUUUCAAUGUUUCCUUCCAGUGGAUUGCUCAAUCUGAAUGCUCAACCCAAUGUUCACGUCAUUCAUCAGAGACUCCAAGAACUCAAGAAAAAUGGAGUUUUUAAUCAGUCAUUUUCUAGUUCAUCAUCCUGCAAUUCGGGAACUGAAAAUAAGAUCAUGACUGACAAAAUCCAAGAAGAAGAUUUUGUAGCGGAAAUUUCAUCAGAGAAGAUGCCAGGAGAUCAUGAAGAGAAGCCACAAAUUGAUCUACACGAGUUCCUUGAACAGAUGGGCAUACUAAAAGAAGAGAGUUCCUCAGAUGGCAGAAACCCCAAUGAAAGUUUUCCAGUGCCUGAAAGUUCAUCGAAAGGUGAUGAUGAACUUGUGGCCUUUCCCGAGACAAGUUUCAAUUGGGACACGCUGAUUGAGAUGCAAGGAAUAGAGGACAAUGAAGGAGCAGAAGCCAAUAGUUUCCAGGUUUAUGAUAUUCAUGAGGAGCUUAGUUUCCCCACUUCUAUUUGGAACUUCUGAAAGGAUCAGCUAAUUUUUGAAGCGUAAGAUAUGCACAUGCAGUCAAGUUCAGAAAAAAAUGAGAAUGUCUAGCCAUCACUUAAAUAGGUUACAGACAAGUUGGUUCCAAUCUAGUGCAAGUUCCAUAGAUCUAAAUCAAUAGGACCCUUGGCAGUAGAGAUCCAUACAAGAAUUUUCAGUUGUCAGACCACAGCGGAGAGUGUAUUUUAGUGGCAGUAAAGAGGAGAGAGAGAAUAUAUUGUAGCUAAAGUGGCGGAAAUGCAUAUGGAACAUGUUUCAGGUCAGUCAGAGACUAGAGCAGAAAGUCCAUUAGGUUCGUAUUCAGAGUAUCAGGGUCAGUUUGUAUUUCUGCAAACCUGUUAUUUAUUUAUUUACUCGUGGUAU